ACCCUUAAUUAAGCAACUCGUCAAAAGUGUUUAACCAAUAAAAUUUGACAUAAACCACAAGUACUAUCAACUCUUUCCGGUCAAACCUUUACUUGUGUCUUCACCAAGGGCCUUCCAAAGCCCAAGGGAUGUGUACUUGCGCUUCAAAUUAACAACAGCUGGAUGGAUAUCUCAGACAAUUUUCUUCCAGUCUGAACUUGGGUUUGUCAUUCAGCCCAAUCUUAGUAGAUAAAGUCUAAACCCAAUGUAACCCUGCUCAAAACCCUCCAAAUAAAAACCCAAAACAAAAUAUUUUUUCUAAAAUAAAAAAAAAAAAAAAGAAUUCCUCUGGACAUGUGUGACAGCACAUCAGCAGCGGCUCCUUCCAGACAAAAUCUUAACAGAAAGGAACCGAGAUGAGUUGAGCAGCCAGCGCAUCACAUGUAACCGCAAUAUCUUUCUGUUUUUUGUCGCAAACCCUCCUUUUCUUUCUGCAAUUUAUAAAUUAAGCCAUUAACGCAAGAUUUCCCAUUUCUGAUCAAUCUUUUCUCUCUAAAUAGAACUCUUGAAUGUUAGAACAAUAUCCUUGCUUUCCUCUUUGAUUACUCGAAUCGGAUGGUUCAGACAUAUAAACAUCUUCUUCCCUAUCUAGUCUGCUUAAACACUAGCCCUUUUUUUUUUUUUUUGGUCGGUUUAUAAACGGCACGCUCUUGUUUGUCUGACUUGGUCAAAGCUGACAUGGAACAAUUUCAGCUUUGAGUACCCAUUUGGUAUUUACUGGGAAAGGUGUGAGCUUUAAGCUUUUUCGCCACAUUUUUAUUUGCAUAAACUGACCUAAAGAAAGCCCAAAUUGGUGGUGUUACGCGUUAAGAAGCCGACCGAAAACGGGUCUAUCACUUUCCCUUCUCUUUCUUUUUGUUUUCUGCUUCUAGUUUGGUAGAGAGUAGAUAGCCAAAUCUGCUUUUGAUUGAUGCUGAUGGGAUAAGCAUCCCCAAAUAUCCCAUGUGGUAAAAACUUUUCUAGAUUUUUCUGUUUUGUUCUAGAAUUAGAAAACGGGGGCUGAAGGUUUCAGAUAGUAUUGUUGCUGAUUAGUUGGCUUUGGUUUUUGGUCUCAUCUUGUUGACGUGCUGCUUGUGCUUUCUUGGAGGAUAAAACGCUUAGCAAAAGCGUAGGCCAUACACGGUUUGCUGAAUUUGGUUAAUACCACAGGUAUAGACCAAGAAUUCUUGAAUUAGAAGCUUUAGUAUUUUCAGUUACAUCUGACCUUAAUCAAGAGUAAAAGAUGGUAGAAACUACCCAAGAAAUGAAGCAGAAUUUCCAUGCAAAUGGCUUGAUCCAGAACUCCAAUGGUUCGUUAGAAGAGAAACUUGACGAGCUUCGACAUCUUAUGGGCAAAGCAGAAGGCGAUCCGCUAAGAAUUGUUGGCGUUGGGGCAGGUGCAUGGGGUAGUGUAUUCAUUGCUUUGUUGCAAGACAGUUUUGGUCACCUAAGAGAUAAGGUUCUUAUAAGAAUAUGGAGGAGACCUGGAAGGACAGUUGAUAGGGUCACAGCUGAGCACUUAUUUGAAGUGAUCAAUUCGAAGGAGGAUGUAUUGAGGAGACUGAUUAGGCGGUGUGCUUACUUGAAGUAUGUUGAGGCAAGAUUAGGUGAUCGGACCCUGUAUGCAGAUGAGAUUUUGAAAGAUGGGUUCUGCUUGAAUAUGAUUGAUACUCCGCUUUGCCCUUUAAAGGUUGUUACUAACUUGCAAGAAGCUGUGUGGGAUGCUGAUAUUGUAAUUAAUGGAUUGCCAUCAACGGAAACUCGGGGAGUUUUUGAGGAAAUUAGAAGGUAUUGGAAAGAGAGAAUAACAGUGCCAGUAAUCAUUUCUCUGGCAAAGGGUAUAGAAGCUGAGCUGGGGCCUGAACCUCGCAUAUUAACUCCCACCCAGAUGAUCAAUCGAGCAACUGGAAUCCCUAUAGAGAACAUUCUCUAUCUUGGGGGACCUAAUAUUGCUUCAGAGAUUUACAAUAAAGAGUAUGCUAAUGCUAGAAUUUGUGGGGCUGAAAAGUGGAGAAAACCAUUGGCAAACUUUUUAAGGCUGCCGCACUUUAUUGUGUGGGACAACGGUGACCUUGUUACUCAUGAAGUUAUGGGUGGUUUGAAGAAUGUCUAUGCCAUUGGAGCUGGAAUGGUAGCAGCUCUAACCAAUGAGAGUGCCACCAGCAAAUCAGUAUACUUUGCACUCUGUACAUCUGAGAUGAUAUUUAUCACUCAUCUCUUGGCAGAAGAGCCAGAAAAACUUGCUGGGCCUUUGUUGGCUGACACUUAUGUAACCCUUUUGAAAGGUCGCAAUGCAUGGUAUGGGCAACAGCUGGCCAAAGGGGAAUUAAGCCUUGAAAUGGGUGAUAGCAUCAAGGGGAAGGGCAUGAUUCAGGGUGUCUCUGCUGUGAAAGCCUUUUAUGAGCUGCUUAGUCAGUCAAGCUUAAGCGUCUUACACCCUGAAGAAAACAAACCUGUAGCUCCAGUGGAGCUUUGCCCCAUUUUGAAGAUGCUAUAUAAGAUACUCAUCACGAGGGAGUUCCCAUUACAAGCUAUCCUUGAUGCUUUAAGGGAUGAAACCAUGUAUGACCCAAAAGAUCGUAUCGAGAUAGCACAGACUCAUGUUUUCUAUAGACCAUCACUUCUCGGUCAUCAGCCUUGAUAAAUGAUUCCACUUUCCAUUCAGAAAUUCUCGGCAGAUGUGAUUAGUUGUGAGGCUGUGUUCUUUCUAGUCCUUAAUUUUUUUUUUUUUGUCUUUUUUUUGUGAUAUCCAUUUGUAAUAGCUGUUUCUUAAUGUCAAAUGUCAAUCUAAUCAAGUGACUAGGGUGUCAUUUUAUCAUCCAUUUAUCCUUAACAUAAAUUUCGCACGUCUACCAUGAGAAGAGUCUUUUCUAGGGCUACCAUGUGGCAGCUCCAUGUUGCUUCUUUUUUCUUUUACAUUUUUUUUUGUUUU